UAGUGUUAAUUUGAAAGUAAAAACAACUAUGAGUGAAGAAGGUGAAGAAAUUAGUAACCUUAGUAGUGGUAGUGAAGUGCAGCACAUGCACAUGAACAUGCACAUGGCACCGGAGGUGAAGGCGGCAAGCGCGACAGCGUCCAGCAUCAGCAGCGGAAGCGGCAGAAACAGCGGCAAUGGCAGCGGAGGUAGCGACAGUCGCAUCAUCGGCAUGGCGUCUGCUUCAGUGUAUGACACGGCAGCGGCCCAAAUGCAAGAACAUAAAACAACGAUUAGCUGCAAAAGCAUUGAUAAAACAACAAUUAGUUCGUCGUCUUUGGAGGACAGGCAGUCACAGCCUCUUGCCAUACACUACCUGGCCAGUUUCCAUCAGAUAUGUGUUGUGACGGCGCUGCUGCCAUUGGUGACGCUUUUCACGUGCUUUGUGACCGCCUACGUCUUCCAAUACGACGAUGUACACGAGACACAUUGCCGAGUCUACAACAUUAUACCUUCGAUAAGUGCAAUUACCGGCGUAAGUCCGCAGCGUUACUUUUGGCGCUUCAGCAUUGCGCUGCAUCUGGGACCGCGCAUUCCCAUUGCCUUUGUCUACAAGAACUAUUAUCGUUCCCAGUUGGCGAACCUGGCGCCUGCCCUGGUUUCAAGGACCAAUUGGUUAAUCACGCUUAUCCUAGUGCUCAAUUGCGUUGAGAUAGCGUCACUGGGAGGCGUUACCUAUAUAUCGAACCGGGAGAACUAUCCCAUACAUGAGAAGAUCUUCAUAACGUUUAUGGUGUGUUCGCUAUGCUAUAUGCUCGCCACCAUUAAGCUAAAUGGGAUCCUGCAUGCCCCGCAUACGCUGAACGUUGAGCAGAAGCUUUCGAUUAAGUGGAAGAAAAUACUGUUUGUUGUCUCCAUAUUGAGCACCAUCGGUCUGUUGGUCUUCUUUGCUAAACAUCGAUUUUACUGUCAUGAUUUGGCCUUUAGUUGGUUUGCAUUUUUUGAAUACUUAAUUGCCAUUGCAAACAUGCUAUUUCACUUCACCAUCAUCUGGGACUUCCCUUCGCAGUUUAUGCUGAUUGUGCAGGCGCCGCGCGAGAAUCUGUCACAAUAUUUCUGUGCGCCACCUUCGAAACAAAAGAGCGACUAAGAGCUAGUCAGAUGAUUUAUAAAUACCUUUUUGUUUUGUGUAUACAUAAUUACUAACAAAAUACAUAGCAUGUAUAACUGAAAGUAUGAAAAUUCCCUCAACAUUUGCAUUGCAUCUCGAACGAAACGUACAAUUAUUGAAAUUCUUCAAAUUUAACUAAAGCGCUUCCAAAAAGUUAUUACAAAGAAACAUAAUUUAACACUUUAUUGUCGUGCUAAUUUCCAUGAGACUUGCAUGUACUUUUGUUUCCUAUAAUUAAAUGUUCCAUAUUCAUUAUGUAUGUACGUUUAAUGAGUUCCAUACGCAUAAAGAUUAGGAGAUACCAUUAAAUGAAAUCAAAUAAAUCACCAGAGUUAAACACACACAAGUAAACAAAUUAUGUAGAAAAUAUAACGUUCUCUCCAAAUACAUUCGAAAUCCAAAGUUAAUCAAAAAUUUAAGUUAUAUAAUAUUAAGUGCACCAUCAACUAGUUACAUGCAUUAAUUGAAUUAUACCUAUAAAUAAUGCCUAGAAUGCCUAGAACAACAUACUUUAACGCACUUCCAUUUUAUUUAUUAACGCCUAAUGUGAUUUUAUUUAUCUAUAUGGUAAUAUUUAUUUAUUGAUUGUUGCAUAUACAUACAUAUAUACGAACUAUUUUGUUUUUAAGCUUAGCAUAUACAUUUUCUUAAACAUUUUUCCUAAUAAGAUGAGCCUAUCUCGUUUCUAAAGUUAUUUAAGCCAUUUAAAAAAUUGUGAUUAAAUAAUUUUGACACAUUUUAGUGCUUUAUAAAAUCAUACGAUCCUAACAAAAUUAUAUUCAAAUUUUCAAAUAUACCAGCUCGUUAAAUAAUAUCCCAAAGUCCGAUUACUUAUUCAUGUUAGGUCUAAUGAUUUGCUUUACCUUUGCUGUCUGUUCCCUAAAAUAAAACAAACAACAAAUAUCUGAAAUAUCUUCUUCCAUUUUUCAAACACAGCUACUGUAUUCUUUUCCCUGAAUACUGCAUUCAAGUUCCCAUUUACAAUAAAAAAUAAGUAAAGUAGCUGCUCAGGUCUAUUCCAAAUUUCUAAAUUUACCGGAAAUGGGGACAGAGCCAGAUUUCCAGUUUAAUUUGAAGAACAUUUCUCAUAUUGUGAUUGCAACCAAUGCUUGAUCUCAAGUCAAUUUCAAGAAAAAAUCAUAUACCAUACUUAUGCCUAGGAUUAAGACAGCGUUCGAACGAGCUUUCAAUUACAAAAUCCAAAAUCGACUUUAAAAUUGAUUUAUAGAGAGACAUUUAUUUCGAUUCUGAAUUUUGAAACUGGAAACUUUAUUGAACAGAAAAUCAACGAAAAUAGUCACAACUACAUUUAUGAAAAGUGAAAAUUAUGAACAAAUAAUAGUUCCAAUGUCAAAAGCCCCUCGUUUUUAUCGUUUUUCCCAAUGUACUCCGUUAAAAGCCCAGCCAAGCCAAUUUGAACUCAGAUAAAAUGUAUUCCCAAUGUAUAUCGAUAUUGUUUAUACAAAAGAUUAAAAAUAGUUUAUAAUACCACAUACACACACACAUAACUACAUAUAGUAUUAUAACACGAUAAAAAAUAGUUCUAAUAACACCAAAAGCAAAUCAGACAAUAGCCAUAAGCUGCGGCAAGCAACGAAAGAGGGGCGUUAACUUUCUUCUUAUAAAUAGACCAUACUAUAACAUAUACAUAUAGUACAUACGAGUAAGUUCUUUUCGGAUCGAUGAGCGUAGAAGUGAACAAAAAUACUGUACGAGAGUAUUUAAGCUACGUGCGUAGGAAACUCAAGUGGAAUACAUAUAAGUAGUUUUUGAUCAAUUAAAAACCAAAUUAAAACAAUAUAUUGCUGACUCAAAUGUGUGAAAUUUACAAUUGGCUUUUAUCAUAAGCUCUUUAUUUGUAAACAUUCUAAAAUAGGAACAACAUUAAACGAUAAAACUAGGAAAAUAUUUAGAUACAUCAGCAGAACAUAUAUUGCUUAUCGUUUGUUUGUUGUUUUCAAAUGAAAAUCUUGGCUUCUAACUGAAGAGGUGAUUUUCAAGCUGUGCGAAGUAAUACUAUUGAUCUAUACGAUCGUUGAGUAUGUUCCGAAUAUGGGCUCUAGAAAACACCACCUUUUAUAGUAGAACAAAUCGGUUUUCUUUAUAUAUAUAGUAUUUAUAAAUAUUUACUUCAUAGCUAAAAUUCUGGAAAUGUAUGAAAUUCUAAUAUAGUAGAACUCAAAGCGCACUUAAAAGCUAUUCAAGCAAUGCGCUUGAAUACCAGACUUUGUAGCUAAGUGAAAUAUAUAAGAUAAAUGAGAACAAUUGUUAAUAUGCAAAAUACCCCUACAAAUAGUUGAAAAGUCUAUGUGAAGCUUAAAAGUCCUACAUUCAGGGAAUUAAACCACAAAUUAUUUCGGUUGCGAUUCCGAAAGUUGUACAUUCUUUUAGUGUAUGACUGUUCCAGUUAACGAAAAUAGAGAACAAUCGCUUCAUUUAUACCAUUUUUAUUGUUAAGAUUUAACAAAACAGACUAAAAAGUCUUUGCUCCAACUGAAGGAACCAUAAAGCAGCUGUGUGGCUACGAUUUUACGAGUUUGAAGCCCCGCAUAGACUUACCAAACAUGGAAUAUUUCCCAUUUAAGCUCUCCCAAAAAAAAAAAAAAAAAUAGCAAAUGGCACACAAUAUAAAAGAAACUAUUUACAUUCCUUACUUACUGUUAUUGCUAAAUAAAAUUUAAAUUUUAUAUUUGAGACCAAGUGCAGACAAAGCCCACAUGCGCAUUUUUGGCAAAUUUAUUGUGCAGCGCCAUCUUCAGGGCACUGCUGUUCUCGGUUCUUUCCAUGUAUAAUGUGCUUUGGCAGCUACUUUUUUAAACAAAUUUUUAACUUUCAAUUGUACUCUCACCCACUUACACUUUUUUCCAGCACUUUUCCCCUUGCUGCUUUCCAUAUAUAAAUUUGAAGAACGCAAGCUUCAAAUAUAGAUAAUUUUUAAAAACGGCUAGUUUUUAGCAUUGCGUUACUGCAUCAAUAUGUAUGUAUGUAGUAUGUACAUGUACUUCUACAUACGUGACAAAUUUACUCGCACGUAAAACGAAGAAGGCAUGAAAGGCAAUGAAGAAAAAGAAAAAACAUAUUGUAAACUUUGUAGCUUCUUAAUUUGAAUAAAGAUUAAUACGUACAAUU